AUGAAACAUAAAACUGAUGCUAUGCUUGGUGGAACAUUUUUUCGGCUUGUUAUUUAUCAGGUAAUUUUUUCUUUGAAUGAAUGAUACCAGACUAUUUUUGUUCAAAUUUCAGUUUUAUGCUGAUCUCAUUUUCUUCAUUGAAUUUUCAAUUUCUAUGAGAUUUCGAAAAUAUUCUGACUUAUACACAUUGUUUGAAAUAAAUGAUUAUUUGUAUGGAAUUAUUCCUCGGACUUUGUCAGCUAUUCACUAUUAUAUAAAAGUGAGUUAUUUCAUAUGUAUAUAAAAAUAUUUCAAAUCAAAAGAAGUAUUUAAGAUAGUUGUAUACAUUGGAUAUAUGUUAUUUGGUCUAAAUCGACUUUUAAUAGCUUUAAAUGUAACUUCAAUGAAAAGAGAAAGUUAUGCCGUAUGGUCUUCAAAGGUACAUUUUCGUGUCAAACUUGUUCAGUGGAUUUUUCCCAUUUUCGCCGUUAUUCCUAGUCACGGACUACCAAGCUUCACGUUUUAUUUUGUUGUUUCUGCUACCUCUAUUAGACUGAAUAAUGAUGAAGUUUCAACAUUGGUAGGUUAAAACUGCGUUUAAUUUUUAAAAUUAACUUGAAAAUUUAGAUAAUUGCUUAUAUCGAUGGUUUUUGUUCCACAUUUACAUGUAUUUUUUGCAUUCUUUGUUAUCUAUUCACUUGUGGUUUGCUUCGAAAAAACUUGAAAAAAACAUCGACAGUCCAAGUUUUCAAAAAAUCGACCUCACAAUCGAGCGCUGAAAAAGGCCUCUUGAUUUCAGCUGUUUUAUCGUUCUUUGUUUUAAUGCUCAACACUUCAAUACAAAUAUCAAAAGUAAUUACAUCAUGGCUUGCUGUUACUAACAUAUUCACAAUUUAUGACCUUUCGUAAGAGUUUUGAAAAAAAUUCAAGUUUCCAAGUUUCACACUUUAUUAGGUACCCUCUGAACGAUCUGAUGUAUUCACAUUUUCCUUGGGUUCUCUUGAUCACAUCAUCUGUUCUACGAAAACAAUUGAUUUAUGACAUUAAAAUGUUCAUCAGAAGGUUGUAUGACAAAAAUUCUAAUUAUUCAAUCACUAAUACAAAUAUUUAAGCUCGCUCAAACUUGAUGAAGCUUCAAUGAGUCUUGGAAGACAUGGCACAACUCAAAUGACACGUGGAACCUCAAGAAGUGAACCUUGA